CGUUAGUCGGUGGGAUUAUUGUUAACAAGAUGGAGUUCUUGCUUGGAAAUCCAUACGGUACUCCGGUGGGACAGUGCAUUGAAAAAGCCACAGAUGGCUCCUUACAGAGUGAAGACUGGACUUUAAAUAUGGAGAUAUGUGACAUCAUCAAUGAAACAGAAGAUGGGCCUAAGGAUGCCAUAAGGGCUGUCAAAAAGAGACUUAAUGGGAAUAAGAAUUUUAGGGAGGUGAUGCUGACCUUGACUGUUCUUGAGACAUGUGUGAAGAACUGUGGUUAUCGCUUCCAUGCUCUCGUUGCCAGCCGGGACUUUAUUGAUGGAGUUCUGGUUAAGGUCAUUUCUCCUAAAAACAACCCCCCAGCCAUUGUACAGGACAAAGUACUUGCCCUUAUACAGGCUUGGGCUGAUGCUUUCAGGAGUAGGCCAGAUUUGACAGGUGUGGUCCAUGUCUAUGAGGAAAUGAAGAGAAAAGGCAUAGAGUUCCCAAGGUCAGACUUGGAGACCUUAUCACCUAUCCACACACCACAGCGGUUGCAGAGUUCCUCAGAGGGUGACCCCAAACCUAGUGCUCCAGCUCAGCCAAAACCUGCCCAUGCCUACUCUGCUCCUCCUGUCCACACCUCACCUCAGGUUCCCAACCUGCACAUGUCUGCAUCCAUCAACCCCACCCCAGAACAGAUUUCUAGGCUGCGCAGUGAGCUGGAUAUUGUGCGUGGGAACACCAAGGUGAUGUCUGAGAUGUUAACAGAAAUGGUACCAGGCCAAGAGGAUCCAUCUGACCAUGAACUUCUGCAGGAGCUAAACAGAACCUGCAGGGCCAUGCAGCAGAGGAUAGUAGAGCUCAUCUCCCGUGUGUCCAAUGAGGAGGUCACGGAGGAACUGCUCCAUGUCAAUGAUGAUCUCAACAAUAUAUUUUUGCGAUAUGAGAGAUAUGAGAGGUUCCGGUGUGGUCGAACUGUUCAUGGUGUCAAUAAUGGGGUCCUGAGUGAGGCCACAGACGACAACCUGAUUGACCUUGGGCCAGGCUCUCCUGCAGUGAUGAGCCCCAGGAUCAGUAGCACACCUCCCUCCAGCCUGCCAGCCUCAGUAGCCCCUACUCACUCUGCUUCACCUGCCACACUCGCAUCUCAGCUGGCAGGUCUGGAUAUAGGAGCUGACAGUGUCAGUGGCACCCUGAGUUCUCUAAGUCGCUGUCAGCCACUGUCAGAUGACUUUGACAUGUUUGCCCAGACGAGGACCGGCACCCUGGCUGACCAAAGGAAGAACCCACCUUUUGAAGACACACAGGCCGCAAGUGGAGCAGCUCCGAAUCUUGAGCUGAGACAGCAGAACUCUGGAGGGUUCGCUCUUGCUCAGUCCUCUGUCAUGGAUGACAUUGAGGAAUGGCUCUGUACUGAUGUGAAAGGAGAUGAAGGAGAAGAAGGUGUGACGAGCGAAGAAUUUGAUAAGUUUUUGGAGGAGAGGGCUAAAGCUGCCGAAAGGGUCCCUACACUUCCAGUGGUGCCGAGUGCAGAUCCAACCAGUUCAGCUGGCUCAGCUGUAAAUGCUGGGAAAAAAAUCUGAUCGAUCUGAAGACUCCCUGUUUGUAUUGUAGAUGGAUUUUGGGAGUAUUGGGUGUGUGUUCAGCCUCCUGUGUGUGGUAAGUAGGUGGUCUUGCAGACUCAGCGGCCCCCUGUCUUUCCUCUGCUUCCCGCAUUACUACACAAUCAACACUACGGCAGCUGCCUCCUAUGCAGUUUGUUUUCGCAGACUGGUUUUGUGAAAGGAUACUAAAGACAGACAUUUUCAUGAGCUUCAGACAUUCGUUUCUUUCAAAAAAAAACAACAUAUCACAUUUCAACUCUAUGAAUGUAAGAGAUCAUUGAUAUUUUGUUAAUGAAGCACAUGGCAGGAACUAACAAAAUUAAAAAAAAAACUGCGUUAUUUGCAUUGUUAACAAUACGAUCAUUUUAGCAACUCCUUUAAAUAUCAGAAAUGGCUAUUUUGUUUUGUAAUUCUGUGUGGGCCUAGAUUAUUUAAAUCGUUAUUCCAGAGCAGUGUUGUUCAGCUAGCUCCCGCUGAUGCGUCUCGGAAGUCUCCAGUUUGCAAGUGCUGCUAAUACAGAAAAAAAAGUAAUCUGAUCUUCAUUGAUUUUAGCUAUGGAUAUCUCUAGUGAGAUAAUGCACCUGAAGACCUCAGUAGCACACAAACCUUAUGGUUAAAGGAAAUUAGUCCAUUUCACUUGUUUCUUUUUUCUUAGAAAAAAAAUAUAUUAACUCGAAUAACAGUAAAUUCAGAUGUAUCUAAUAUAUUAUCUGUUAGGUCUAUUAAAUGAAAGUGAACCGAGGAAGGAUUAGUUAGGUUUUUAUAGUAUGUGUGAAUUGCAGUACGUGAACCAGGACACUGGUUCAUUUGAUUUGAUUUGGUCUACCUCACAAAGCAGUGAGAAAGGGAAAAGGAUGCACAAGUGAUGGUUAGGCUAAAGAUCUCUUCACUAUAGUGAUUGAUGAUAGAGUUCGGGGGGUUUUUUUCUUCUUUUUUUGUGCUGCCUCAGGAUAAUGUGUGUCAUUAAUUUAGAUGUGAAACCUAUUCGAGAAAUCACAAAGGGAUAGAGCGUUCAUAUGUUUAUUUAGUAUCAUUUGCACUGAAGCAGCGUCUUAGGCUGUGCAGAUGGAGCUUUUGUCCAAAUGCAAAUCUUAGCUGUGGUUCAUUGAAAUGUUGCCUGUUAUAUGAGACAUAUUCCAAGUAAAUAGAGUUCAAAGCUGACGGUGACUGCAAGGCAGGUUAAAUUGGAUUUUUCCCUCACACACCUACUGUAGAAGUGAUGUCAAGCUCAGUGCUGUUACUGGGAAAUGAAAAGGAUUUGACUUAAUGAACAGCAGUCAUAAGUAGCUAACAUGUACCUAUUUGGUAAAAAUUAAAAUUCUGUCAGUUGAAUAUGCUGUUUGAUACACGAGUGUUUUCGUGUGGCGUGACUCGCAGAUGUGUGCUGUUUUUAAUGGACCAAACUAUAUCUGAUUAUAGGUGUCCAGAAGAAUAGCUUGUAUCAGGGUUUCGUCCAUGGGGAAUUAAAAGAUGACCAGCUGUCUCAAAGUGCGUGAUGCGUCCCAGAAGUCAUGGCCAAACCAGACUCACAGAUCUGUACGCUGUUUGAGUACGAACGCUACAUUGUAACAUCAGAGAACGCUGCUCUGAGUGUCACCCAAAAAUAUGCAAGAAGGUCAGUCGUCUUCUACAAUCACCCCCUACCCCAAAUAAAAUGGCACAUCCAGUUGACAUGUAAAUCUGUAAUGAUUGACAGGUUACAGAAGUGUUUUGAACUCUAAAACACCUCGAUCAUAAAACACCCCACCACCCUCCCCUUAUCUCACAUUAGUGUCUCGUCUUUAGUUAUCUGCUUGCGAGAUGUGCUGACAUGGCAUUUUCUUGUCACAGUAAACGGAGAAUGUUUUGAGUUCAUUAAAAUAUAAAACAAAAUCUAUCAAUGUACGUUCGACUUAGCUGACAUUAGACAAGUACAGUAGUGUGCAAAAGUCUUAGGCACCCUAUUUUUUCAUACAAACUUUGUUAUACAGUGGUGCUUGAAAGUUUG